CGCACCUACCCGCUUUCAACCCGCUUUCGCCGAAAACACCCAAACACAAGCAUUCCCUCAGCAACGAGAACGCGACAGCCGCUGUCCCCCGAUGCGACCCAGAAUCCCCACCGCAUAGAACUCUUCACCGCGAUAGUCGUGCUCUAUCUCGUCCACCACAAUACGCGUCUGAGCACUUCUUCGAUCCCGAUCAACAGACAUUACGCGCCCGAGAUGGCCACGUCCAUGUCCUCAGCGUUUACCAUGGCCGAUCGCCGCAAGAAGGUCGUCACGUACGGAAGGUCUGCGCGUCUUGCAGCACCUGCGAAGUGGUCCGAAGACGCAACGUCCCCCGAGCGGCCGAGAAAGCAAGCGGACAGUUCGAAUAAUGGGCCACUCCGCAGGCCUGGAGGGAUACUGGGAACAGGUAGCACAUUAGGAAACACUCGCGCGAACCCACCGAAGUUGUCCGCCGCCCACGACAUCUUCGAUGUACCGUCCGACGAAGAGCACACGCUCGUGCCUUCCGCACCUCGAGCGAAGAAGGCCCCACCAAAAGCCAAGCCAAUCGAUCCCUUCGAUGUCCCUUCCUCAGAAGAUGAGACUCCUCGCCCAAGUCGUAGGCCCGCGAAAUCGGUGCAGUCCUCUCGAAAAGCGGAACCAGCGCAAUCCUCGGUGGGUACCUACAAGUCGAAGUUGACGGAGCAUGAACAGGUCGAGGCGCCCUCUUCCAGUGAUCCGCUUGCACCACCUACAACUCGACGACGGGCGAAAACACCGCAAGCUGCACAAAAACCUGAAGGCGGAGCACAACCACGGCCUGCGAAGCGGACGGGCGUGAAACCGAGAGCUACGCGGGCAACAACACCCGCUGCACCCGCAGCUCCCGUUAUCCCUUCACAGAAGAAGGCAAAAGAGUCCUCCGUGGUACUGGUUAAGCAGCCCGUAAUGGCCAAAACCACAACAAAGAAAGCACCGGAAUGGGACAUAUUCGACGUACCCCCGUCAGACGACGAAGCGCCAUUGUGGAGGCCGAACAAACCGCGUCCGGCGCCGCUAUCUCGAGCGAAAGCUGCAUUCACCUCUCGAACCGUUGCGCAGCCCUCGCCGGAGCCCUCCAAUGAUUCGGACGAUUCGAACACCUCUAAGAAGCGCAAACGCCAAGGGUCCAUAUCAUCUUCAGCAACCGUGAAAGCAGCACAAGUGGAGAGGGAAUGCGAACCGUCGGUUCUUCACCGAAACAAGAAAUACCAGAAAAAGGAAGACAGUGUGUCUCCCGGACACGAUACAAGCAAGGUUUCACUGCCCAUACAGGCGGUUGAGGAACAGCCCCGAGGGUUCGCAAUCAAUAAACCAAAACGGACGAGGACACGCACCGUUCCUGUACAGGCGAAACCCCCGAUUGCGAAAGGACAGUCCUCACCAGCGACGCUAAGUGGGAUGCUCGCUGUGCGGUCAUUACCCAAACCAUCACCCGUGCCCGAAGUUUCCGAAGUCCAGGCGGCGGAAGACGAGACCAUGUACGACAUCCCAGAUCCGGAAACCCCUGUCGUAAAACUGAGGAAAGCUCCAAUAUCCGGAUCCGUAACACCUCGGCAGAAUGCCUUGUUCAGCAACCUUCUGGGUGAUUCGGCCGAAUCCGCGACUCCGAUGCCCAGCAUUUCGAGGCUACGUCUUACGGAUCAACGACCUAGCUCUGUGCUUGCUGGGUUGACGAGAUCCUCCUCGGACAUUCCUCAAUCCGCUCUCACCCGGAAAACUAGACUCAUAGACAUGCUCAAACAAUCUGCGCCAAGUUCGGAUGAUGAUAGCGAAAGUGAUGAAGAGACGGAAGAGGACAUUCCGGAGAUCCCCGCUGUGUCUGUUCCAGCCAAGACAGCUGCCAAUGGAGUGGGUGCUACCGACGAUGCGUCUGAUGAAAUGGAUGUGGAUUCAGAAGCGCAGGUCGACUCCCAGGCGUCCCAGACAACUGUUCAGCUGCAUAGCGGCGCCCGGAUCACGUAUGCUAAGCAAAGAUCCUACCUGGAAGAGUCAAACCUCGAAGACGGCCUGCUUCUGGCUAUGGGCCUCGAUGAUGAUUUCGGCCCCAAUAAAGACCAGAAUCUCGUCUCAGAGGACGAAGAUGAUCCGGCGAGCCAAGUACGGGGUAUUCAUGAGCUUCGCAGGCAAGGGCAACAUUAUAAAUUCCAAGUCGAAGCUGAGAACUCCAUCGAUGACAUUUCCGGAAAGAGCGGCUUGAACGCUUCGCAGCGUCGCAGUGCAAUGAUGGAUUUCGCAACGCGGAUGGCUGACAGGACCUUUAUCGAUCAACUUCUGGAAUCGGCCUUGACUUACCGAUUGCUCGAAAGCAUCUCCUACGCCAGAGAAAUCAUCUUUGAUUUUGCCGCCGCGGUUGCCGUGCUUCAUAUUCUCGAAACUGGGCCUGGCUAUACUGUCCUCGACCAAAUGUACCAAUCCGGCAUCAUGGUGACCUUGAGUAAUCUUUUGGAUUCGCACAACGACAUCUAUCGCAUUGCACGAGAUCGGAAGACGAACAUGGCGAAAAGCGCGCAAGGUACAGUAGCUGAGUUUCGGGACCUCAUACUGAAGUCCUCAGUCUGGCCUGCUGAGAAGCUUGAGAAAGUUUCGCCACAGCUUGUCGCAAUGAAGACGCUCGAAUUGCUAAUUCUGGGCAUUCGCAAGGCUGGUAAUGACGAAGCGCUCAUUGACGAGGACACGAUUGCCAAGCUAGUUAGCAUCACCCGCAAUGCUUGCCAGCGCCUGAAGGUUGGAAAGGCAACAUCACAAGAUCUGAUGACGUUGGAUAUCGCAUUCUCGAUCUUGGAGGCUGUGUCCUUGUCGAAAGACGGGCAGACGACGUGGUCAAAUGAGGUUCUGCGACGUUUGGCGGAGAUAAUGCCCGUUUUCUUUGAGACUAGCGGCGCCUCACCGAUCAGGCUUGUCGUACGGCUCUGCAUGAACAUCACCAACAACAAGCCCAAGGCUUGCCAGUCCUUUGCUGGCCCGACUUUCGUACUACCUCUCGUGCGGUCCAUUAGUCAUAGGUUCAAGUUACUGGCCGGUGAGCUAGACGAGCAGCAGAGGACUGAGGUCAUGGAGGGCCUAAUUCUCAGCUUGGGUGCCAUGAUUAACCUUGCCGAGUUCAGCGACCAAGCAAGAAUGAGCGUUGUGCAGGAGGGAGAUGGGCUGGUUGAUGAGCUGGCGCAGAUCUUCCUAGACGGAUCGGAACGGGCUGACCGGGCCGAUUCUAUGGAAGAAUCUCAAUCAAGCGUCACGAUUGGUUAUCUCAGCAUCCUCCUCGGAAACCUCUGCUUGAACGAUACUGUGAGGGCCAAGGUCCAAUCGCGUCUUCCAAGGAACAAGAUCGACAUCCUGGUACAGAAGGUUAAGGAAUUCGUCCUCUACAACCAAAAGGUUGACCGCUUGGCCGGCCAGUUCGAGGGCGAGGAGGGAAGAGAGACGUUGCGGAACUUUACGAUGCGAUUGAUGCUGGUGGUUGAGAGGCUGGAGAAGGUUGGAGCUUAGAUUUGCGUUGUCAGAACAAGCGGAUAUCCCAUUGUCGUAACACAUACGACAUACGCAGGAGGGCCUUGACUACUUUGGAUCCGGGUUUUCAUUUUGCAUCUUUGGCAGGCUCUGGUUGGGCCGCUGGCAGAUUUACGUGCAGCUUGAUACCCCAUAAAUGCUCUAUACAACAAUGCACAUUGCCCCC